UAAAUGUUAAUUGUUAAAGCAGUUAAUUGUUGUGUAGAUAGCAAACGCUAACAACAGUUAAGUUACUUAGCUAACUAAGUUUAACUGUUAGUUAUUGUUAGUUUAAAUAUUAUAAAUGGAAUUGGCACUUUAACGUGACUUUAAUUAACUUAUCGUAUUUAUGUGAGUACAGCUUAUCUUAUAAACGUCGAAGCUUUAAAUCAGCCCUGUAAGUAUACAGAUUUGUAAGUUAUGUGUUAAUUCAUGCUGUUGGCACACUUUGAGUGUUAGUAGGUGUAUGCAAUUCUAUGCUAUAGCACAAUCUGACUGUAAAAGUGUUCCAAACACUAAAACUAUGAAAUAUAAAUUAGCACACAUGCUGUUUAACUGCAGUCAAACAAUUGUCCUCCAUUUCUUUGCAGUGACUUAAAUUGUCAAUGGGGAUUGAGGACCUGAGCAUGAGGAAUGGCCGGGCGCUGUCCGACCAGUGGGCCGACGGUGUGGUGGUGCGACCCCGGACCACUGAACAGCACAUCACUGUGCACAAGAGACUUGUGCUUGCCUUUGCCAUCUCCAUCCUCACACUCAUUGUGGUGACAGCCAUUGCCGUGAUGCUGGGUGUCCGCUUUGAGAAAUGCAGCGGUGGCAGUGAGAGAGUUGUUCUACCUGGUACUGGGACUAAUCAGUCACGAGACGGAAAUUCUGAGCAUAAAGGGGAAGAGCUGCAGCCAUGGCGGCAUUCACGCUUACCUGCCACGCUACGCCCACGCCACUAUGACCUUCAGCUCUCUGUGUUCAUGGACAAUUACACCUUCUCUGGCAAGGUGAGCAUCGAGUUUGAAUGUGUGAACGCUACCAAGUUCAUUGUGCUACAUGCGGACAGGCUGGAUGUGGAUAAGCUGGCUGUGUAUUCAGAUAGUAAAAAACCAGGUGCAAUGAGGAUCCACCGGCACUUCCACUAUGCUCCCAACCAGGUCUACGUCAUCACUUUGCACAGAGAAAUGAAGCCACUCAGAACAUACAAGAUCAACAUCACGUUUGAAGCUCAAAUCGAAAACGAACUGUUGGGCUUCUUCCGCAGCUCAUACAUGCAGCACGGAGAGAAAAGGUAUCUCGCUGUGACCCAGUUCUCACCAACUCAUGCGAGGAAGGCUUUCCCGUGUUUUGAUGAGCCAAUCUACAAAGCCACUUUCAUUGUGAGACUGAGGCAUGAUGCCUCCUACCAGUCCCUCUCUAACAUGCCCAUUGAGGAAUCGAGCCUGGAUGACGAUGGCUGGAUUACCAAUCACUUUUACAGGACACCUCGUAUGUCCACUUACUAUCUGGCCUGGGCAGUAUGCAACUUCACCUACCGAGAGUCGAUCACAGAUAGUGGAGUUGUGAUCCGACUGUACGCCCGACCUGAUGCCAUUCAGAGCGGAUCAGGAGAUUAUGCCUUGCAGAUCACCAAAAGGCUUCUCAACUUCUACCAGAAUUAUUUCAAAGUAAAAUACUCCCUGCCCAAACUAGAUCUCCUGGCUGUGCCAAAACACCCGUAUGCAGCGAUGGAGAACUGGGGUCUUAGUGUGUUUGUUGAGCAGAAGAUUUUGCUGGAUCCAGAAGUCUCAUCUUUCUCCUACCAGAUGGAGCUCACCAUGGUGGUGGUGCAUGAGAUCUGCCACCAGUGGUUUGGAGACCUGGUUACCCCAGUCUGGUGGGAAGACGUAUGGCUCAAAGAGGGAUUUGCUCAUUUCUUCGAGUACGUUGGGACUGAUUUCCUCUUCCCAAAGUGGAAUAUGGAGAAGCAGAGGUUCCUGACUGAUGUUCUUCAUGAAGUGAUGCUACUAGAUGGCUUGGCAAGUUCUCAUCCCAUCUCUCAGGAGGUUUUUGAAGCUGCUGACAUUGCAAGAGUUUUCGACUGGAUUGCUUACAAAAAGGGAGCUGCACUGAUCCGCAUGUUGGCAAAUGUCAUGGGACAAGCUGUAUUCCAGAAGGGCAUCAAUGACUAUUUAAUGACGCACAUGUACGGAAAUGCAGCAAGGGAUGACUUGUGGAACAAGUUUUCAGAGGCCAUGCAGAGUGAAGGGAAAGACAUCAACAUAAAAGAAGUGAUGGAUGGGUGGACUCUUCAAAUGGGCUAUCCUGUGGUCACCAUCAGCAAAAAUGAGAGCCUGGACAACAUGGUCACCAUCAACCAGGAACACUUCAUCUAUGACAUGGAAGCCAAGAUCCACAACCCUGAUUUUUUCAACAAUAGUUUCCAGUGGCAAAUCCCAUUGACACUAGCAGUGGGAAACACUAGUCACAUAUCAUCUGAGACUGUCAUAUGGGUCUCUAAAAACACAGAGACGCACCGUGUGGGCCACAUAGACGAGAAGACGUGGUUGCUGGGAAACAUCAAUCAAACAGGCUACUUCAGGGUGAACUAUGACCUUCACAACUGGAAGCUCAUUAUCCAGCAGUUGAUGAUCAACCCCACAAUCAUCUCUGUAGGCAAUCGUGCUGGCCUGAUUGAUGACGUCUUCAACCUGGCCAGAGCUGGCUAUCUCCCACAGAGCAUCCCUCUGCAGAUCAUCUGUUACCUGUCUGAGGAGGAUGAGUUUCUGCCCUGGCAUGCUGCCAGCCGAGCGCUAUACCAACUCGACAAGCUGCUUGACCGCACCAAGGACUACAGCAUCUUUAGCAGCUAUGUGUUGAGGCAGGUUGAGCUGAAGUAUCAUAAGCUGGGCUGGCCAAGUGUGAAUGCAGAUGGCUCCUUCCUGCAGGCCACCUAUCAGACUGAAGAGUUACAAAGGGCGGUGAUUAUGUUGGCCUGCAGUUUUGGGAAUAAACACUGCCACAGGCAGGCUGUGUCCCUUGUGUCCGAUUGGAUCUCGAGCAACAAGAACAGGAUUCCCCCAAAUGUGCGGGACAUUGUCUACUGCACGGGUGUCUCUCUUAUGGAUGAAGAUGUAUGGGAAUUUAUCUGGAUGAAGUUCCACUACUCCAUGGCCAUCUCAGAGAAGAAGGUCCUGCUGGAGGCCCUAACCUGCAGUGACAAUGCUUACUUACUCAACAGACUGCUCAACUUGUCUCUAAGCUCAGAUCUAGUGCCAGAUCAAGAUGUGAUUGACAUCAUUAUCCAUGUGGGCCGCAACCCACAUGGACGCCGUUUGGCCUGGAGGUAUUUCAGAGAAAAUUGGAACAUAUUAAACUCCAGGUAUGGCGAGGCUUUAUUUAUGAACUCUAAAUUAAUCAGCGGUGUGACAGAGUUUCUCAACACAGAGAGUGAACUCAGUGAGCUGAAGGAUUUCAUCCAGAUGAGCAAUGGAGAAGCAGUGUCUGCAUUCACUCGAGCGUUGGAGAUUGUCAAGGCUAAUGUGAAAUGGCACAACCUUUACAAGGAGCAGUUCUUCCAGUGGCUGAGGAAAUCACCCAAUGACUAAUAAUCCACCAUGUUCAUUAUCUGUUAGCAUGGAGUCUCUAUCAAACAUUUAUAGACCAUUAGCCAUGGGAGAAGAUAAAAGUACAAUAAAAUAUCAUUUUUGGACCCUGAUAAUCUUUGUUUUUCCUGAUAAAGAAAAGACCAGGCAAUGGUGGAAAUGAACAAGGAAAGGGUCAGAUAUGUGUUGCUGCCAACAUAUUUACUGUUAAAUAUUGCCUGGUGGUGUAUAUCUUAAGUGGCAUUCCUUUUUUCCUUUUCUGAAUAUUCCUCAAAUCUUCAAAUCAUACUUGUUUCAUGCAUGAAAACAUUUUCCUUCCUCCAAUGAUCCAAUGUUCAGAGUUAGUACCCGAGUCCUGGGACACUCGGGUCAAAAUUCAGCAUUUUCUGUACUGCACAUUGAUACUAAUCUGAAUGUAGAUAAGCACAAAAUCAGCCAGCCUGACAAUCAGUGAUUUCAACUGAAGUGGUCCAAAGAAAGGACAAAAGUGGGUGUUUGUUCCCUUUCUUCAAGCCAUAGAAAGAAGUACAGCGGAGAUCUGGGCAGCAAUCCUUAUUGGUGUAUCGAAUGGUUGUGUGUUUCGGAUGUAUUGUACUUGUUUUCUUCACACAAGGCCUCACCUUGUAUAUCUAGUGUAAAUGCUAAAUGGUAAGUAAUCACUGUGUCAAUAUGUUAAUAUACAAUAGUUUCUUACAGAGGAAACAAUGAGCAGAAAGGUGUUAGAAAUAUCUGGAAAUCAGAGAUUCACAAGUUGUAGUAUCCCUGAUUAUGGCUCACUUGAAAAUCACAUGCUAACAUGAUGCAUAUGUUUACAAUGAGCUAAAUUUGCAAUUAAAAUAUCAGUUGUAUAAACGGAUGAUACAGACUUACACGUAAUUUAAAUAUAAAAUGUGUUUCAAGUUCAUCAGUUAAAUGUACCAUAUAGGUGCACAAUUGAAAGUGUAUAAUUACUGACUGUAAUUAUGUUGCCAUAACACAGUUUGUCAUCCUGCUUCUACCCUGUUCAUCAUUGUAAAGAUACUGCCACAGGACCAUACAGUAUAUUUACCAGAUAUUAUUUGGGUGGUGAAUUCUCAGCACAGCAGUGGCACUAACAUGGUAAUGCCUGGUGAUGAUACUAGUGUAUCAGAUACAAUGGUGUGGCUGGGGUAUAUAAACACUAAAAUGUUACUGGUGGGUUGAGAUUAGUCCACCAGCCAGAAAUUUCCAAUCCACAACAAAUAAAAGACUAAAAUGUAUUCUACUUUUCUAGCAAUGUCUUCUCAGAGCUUUAUGAUUUUACAGACUUGGGAGUAUUUAGGAAAUUAUCUGCCUGAUGUAUUGCUUGUCAGGAAGUAUGGCUUUAUACAAGGGCAAUAUACACAAUAUGAAACUGGAAUGAUGCUGAACAUAAAGUAUGUCAUUCUUGUACCGACUGGUUUUGGAGGGGGGGAAAAAAUAGAAUAUAAAUAUUUCAUUUAGGAAAAAAAAACUUCCAAAUAUUCAUGAAUGCAAAUAAAAAUAGUGUGUUCUUAUUGACUGGAAACAGUAGGGAUGAUAACACACAGUGUACCCAGUCAGUAUCAGGUGUUGUUAAGAGAUGACAACACCAACCCACCUACCUACUUAAAUAAAGUACCUACCUACCUACCUACCUAAAUCAAAAUUAUGAUGAUAUUUUUACACCUAAUUUUUAGAAAUUUAAGUUUUAAAUAAUGUACAUUGACCAAUAUUAAAUAAUUUUUAUUUUAAUUGAUUGUUGUUUUCCAGACUGCUCAACUUAAUGCUAAGCUCUGCCUAAGUGCUGUAAUCCAUAUUGCCAUCCAUGUCAGAUUCAAGCCAGUGUGAAGGAUUUUUAACAGGAGGAGGAAGAUGCUAAACUCCGGACACACAUCUCAAUCAGUAUUCCCUAGUGUCUGUUUGAAUCUGAAUCUUUAACAAUUGCUUAUAAGGUGUUAAGGAUGUUCUGCAUGC